CAUCAUCUAGGGUUUUCAUCUUAUAUAGAGCUGCUGCUGUUGUGUUUCUUCUCCGACGGUGGUUGCGGCGAGCAAGCGAGCAAAAUCAGAACCGAAAAUGCCUAAGCAAAUCCACGAGAUCAAGGACUUCCUUCUGACGGCGAGAAGGAAGGAUGCUAGGUCUGUGAAGAUCAAGAGAAGCAAGGACAUCGUCAAGUUCAAGGUCAGGUGCUCUAGAUACCUCUACACACUAUGCGUCUUCGACCAAGAGAAGGCUGAUAAGCUUAAGCAGUCACUUCCUCCAGGUUUGAGUGUUCAAGACCUUUGAAGAUCCUCUUGAAGCCAGCUUUGAAUACUUUUGGCUUGAGAGAUUUUUAUCUUUGCUGCCUUUUUGAAUUAACUAUUAUUCAGACUCCUCUUUUCAAUUUCAAGACUUGAGCUUUUGUUUUGCUAUUUGCUAUUUACUAUCAAGGUGUUUAGUAAACAUAGUUGUCCAAAAGAUUUUGACAGUUGUCUUAUCAGAAGAAUUUACAUGUGUUACAAAAUGGAAUACGCAUUAUUAA